AUGCAGGCUCUAAUUUUCAAACAUUGCUUUUCAGAGGCCUAUGUGACCUGUCUAUUCCAUGAGGAUUGCAUGUUGCCCUGUAACUUUAAACCCACUGGUGCUGUGGUCAUCCACUGGUACAAACAGCAGAUUCCUGUUCACAGCUACUAUUACAACAAGGACCAGUAUGGACUGCAAAAUAAGCACUUCAAUGGAAGGACAUGCUUGUUCAACUCCCAGAUCACCCAUGGCAAUGCAUCGCUCCUCCUGAAGAGGGUCAAAGUUCAGGACAAGGGCAGGUACAAGUGCUACACCAGCACCAGAAAGGGGAACCAGGAGACCUUUGUCACACUGGGGGUGAAAGCUCUCAUCCAGUCAGUGAGAAUAGAGAUGACUGGGGAGGUCGUCUCCUGUUCAUCUCAGAACAUCUAUCCUGUCCCUCAGGUGGCAUGGACCACAGACCCACUGUCUUCCCCAGAAACACUACAGAACUCCACCAGCAAAACUCCAGACUCCAAAGGUCUGUACACAGUGGAGAGCACAGUAAGGAUCCUGGGUAAUGUCUCUGACCACGCCUAUUUCUGUUCGGUCAUCUCUGCAGACAAGGCCCAGGUGUGGACAGUCUCUCUGAAGCAGCAAGAAGAUAUGAUUGGAGAGGCGAGUCGAGAGCUGUCCAUCCCUUGCAUGGCUCCACAGAACCUCCAGAACUUCUCCCUCACAUGGACCUUCACCAGAACUAAUGAGCCCACAGUCAUCCUCAGCUACGACAGCAGAACCAGACAGACCUCCAACCUCUGGGAGGGCCGGGUUGGACUGGAGCAGGACCGAGUUUUGAUGGGAGACGGAUCCCUCCUUCUUCACAACCCAGAGAGUCAGGAACACACAGGAACCUACACCUGUACAUUCUCAGGCUUCCAGAACAGACACAUGGUCCAAACCCAGGUCAACAUCACAGCUACUCCAAUAGUGGCCUCUCCCCAGCCUACCCCUGCUUCCCGAGAACCCAGCUUACCUCCUCCGGAGCGCUACGCUGGAGAUUCAGGAACCUGGCGGGCGUUUCUCUCCCAGUGCUCCCUCAUCUUCGAGCUGCAGCCCUCUUCGUUUCCCUCGGAUCGAUCAAAGAUAGUGUACCUGAUAACGCUGAUGUCCGGGAGGGCAAUCGCCUGGGCUACGGCUGUGUGGGAGCAACAAUCCACCAUUUGCCUCAGUCUGGAGGAGUUCGUAGCAGAGGUUAGAAAGGUGUUUGAUUCUUCGUUGUCCGGGAGAGAGGCUGCUCGGAAGCUACUUGUGGCAGACUACGCAGUAGAUUUUCGCACUUUUGCCGCCGAGAGUGCCUGGAACCCAGAAUCUCUGUUCGACACUUUCCUUCAUGGAUUAUCGGAGGUGGUUAAAGAUGAGCUCGCAGCCCGGGAGCUUCCCAUGGACCUUGACUCUCUCAUAGCCUUGACCAUACGUAUCGAUAGGCGGCUACGGGAAUGGGGCUACUAUCUUCUCGAAGUUGGACCUUCAGAACGCGAAUGGAAGACAGCCUUUAACACGGCUAGCGGGCACUACGAGUACCUUGUUAUGCCAUUCAGACUGACCAACGCUCCCGCAGUGUUCCAGGCCCUGGUCAACGAUGUGCUCCGAUAUGUCAUCGCUGCAGGAAAUAUUCAGAUGGAUUCUGACAAGGUGAGAGCAGUGGUGGAUUGGCCUCAACCCACAUCCAGAGUACAGCUGCAACGUUUCCUGGGGUUUGCUAAUUUCUUCCGCCGCUUCAUCCGGGGUUACAGCACCCUGGCUGCCCCCCUCUCAGCACUCACCUCUGCCAAGUUUCCGUUCACGUGGCUCCAGCAGCUGACCGGGAGUUCUCGGACCUCAAGCAUCGAUUCACUACAGCUCCCAUCUUAA